CUCUCUCUCUCCGAUCGAUCGAUCGAUUAGCAUUUGCCCUUCUGAUUCUUGAUUUCGCCAUGGGAGAAUCUCCGCGAGCUCUCUCGUUUUCAGAUCUCUGACUCCUCCGUCGAGUUCGUCGGAGCGCCGCCGCAUUCGAACUCCGAUUCCGAUUGGGUAGGAUUUGCCGCCUCUCUGUUCCGAAAUGGCGACGCGGAAUCGGACUCAGAUAUUCCGCAAGUACAGAGAUGCGCUGAAGAGCGUCCGGGUCCCCGCGGGCUCGUCGCCGGAGUCGUCGGGUUCGGGCGCGGGUCCGGUGAUCGAGAUGGUGAGCACGUCGCUCUUGAAUCAGCAUCAUCGCUCGUACGCGCCUCUCAGCACUGAAGAUCCCGGCAGCUCUAGUAGGGGUGCACUUACUGUGGGUCUGCCUCCAGCUUGGGUUGAUACUUCUGAAGAAAUAGCGGCAAAUGUGCAACGCGCACGGGUGAAAAUGAGUGAGCUGGCCAAGGCUCAUGGCAAAGCUCUAAUGCCGUCAUUCGGAGAUGGUAAAGAUGAUCAGCGAUUGAUUGAGUCUCUUACCCAUGAAGUUACUGAUCUGAUUAAAAGAUCUGAGAAGAAGUUAUUGAGAUUAUCCGCAAAUGAACGUUCUGAGGAUUCAAAUGUUAGAAAAAAUGUGCAGCGGUCACUUGCCACAGACCUACAGAGUCUGUCAAUGGAGCUUCGCAAGAAACAGUCAACUUAUCUAAAGCGUCUCAGACAGCAAAGAGAGGGUUCAGAUGGAGUUGACUUGGAGAUGAACAUAAAUGGCAGUGGAUCUAGAAUAGAUGAUGAUGAGUUUGAUGACUUGGGAUUUAAUGAGCAUCAAAUGGCAAGGUUGAAAAAGAGUGAAGCAUUUACAGCAGAAAGAGAAAGAGAGAUCCAACAGGUUGUGGAAUCAGUUAGUGAGCUUGCUCAGAUCAUGAAAGACCUUUCAGUUCUUGUGAUAGAUCAGGGCACGAUUGUCGACAGAAUAGAUUACAACAUUCAGAAUGUUGCAACUACCGUGGAGGAGGGACUGAAACAGCUGCAGAAGGCCGAUAAAACACAAAAGCAAGGGGGAAUGGUCAUGUGUGCAACGGUGCUUGUGAUCAUGUGCUUCGUUAUGUUGGUCCUUCUAAUUCUCAAGUACACACUCUUUUGAACUGCAACGGCAUUUUCAACGAGCUCAUCUCUCAUCUGUAUACACAUCCCUUAUGCGUGCCCUCGGACUCUUACCAUACUUGUAUGACAGAGAAAGGAAAAAAUCGGGAGAGUCGAAUUGGCCCUACACAAAAGCUUUUGAGUUCUAACCUUCUCAUUCUUGUAUGUAAUUUCUCUUUAAUCUCUACUUUGAUGGAGUGAUGGGAAGGGCGCACUGGGACGUCGAGUUACAUUGUCGAUCGUCAUCGCAUGUAUACGGGUUCCAUCUCUCUCGGUUUUCCCUUCUUCUUUUCAGUUGUUGGGCCUCAUUAAAUUUUUUGGACUCCCUUUUGAGUUUUGGUUUCAACGGCAUAUGUUUAGGCUUCAUUGUUGUCCUUGAGGGAGACAAGAUAUGUAUUUGAUUCUUUGAUGCAAAUAAGAUAAGCAUACAUCCGUUUUUUGGCUAAAUGCAACAAACCCCUCUUGGUA